CCCGUCUUGCCGGCGCCUGCGCAGUGCGCACCGACCGCCCCGAGCUCCCCGGCAGGAGGUUUUUCUGUAUGAGUAGAGAAGACAGCUGUUGCAAGUAGAAGUGACACAACAUUUAUUAGGAUGUCUGAGGAUGAAGACAAAGUGAAAUUACGCCGCCUUGAACCAGCUAUCCAGAAAUUUAUUAAAAUAGUAAUCCCGACAGAUCUGGAGAGGUUAAGAAAGCACCAACUAAAUAUUGAGAAGUACCAGAGAUGCAGAGUCUGGGACAAGCUGCACGAAGAGCACAUCAACGCGGGACGCACCGUGCAGCAACUCCGCUCCAAUAUCCGAGAAAUGGAGAAGCUUUGUUUGAAGGUCCGAAAGGAGGACCUGGGACUUCUGAAGAGAAUGAUAGAUCCUGUUAAAGAAGAAGCAUCAGCAGCAACCACAGAAUUUCUCCAACUCCACCUGGAAUCUGUAGAAGAACUUAAGAAACAAUUUGAUGAUGAAGAAACUUUGUUACAGCCUUCUUUGACCAGAUCUGUGACUGUCGGUGGAGCAUUUCACACUACUGACGCUGAAGCUGAAGCUGACCCUCAGAGCAUGACUCAGAUAUAUGCAUUGCCUGAAAUUCCUCGAGAUCAAAAUGCUGCAGAAUCAUGGGAAAUCUUAGAAGCGGACUUAAUUGAACUUAGUCAACUGGUCACAGAAUUCUCUCUCCUAGUAAAUUCUCAGCAGGAGAAGAUUGACAGCAUUGAAGACCAUGUCAACACUGCCGCUGUGAAUGUUGCAGAGGGAACCAAAAACUUGGGGAAGGCUGCAAAAUACAAGCUGGCAGCUCUGCCUGUGGCAGGUGCGCUCAUCGGAGGAGUGGUGGGGGGUCCGAUUGGCCUCCUUGCAGGCUUCAAAGUGGCGGGAAUUGCAGCUGCACUUGGUGGUGGAGUGUUGGGCUUCACAGGUGGAAAAUUGAUACAAAGAAGGAAACAGAAAAUGAUGGAGAAGCUCACUUCCAGCUGUCCAAAUCUUCCCAGCCAAACUGACAAAAAGUGCAGUUAAAAACCAAACUUCAGUCUGACUGGCGCCAACACGUCUGUCCUGAUGGGCCUUGGCUGCUGAGGGACAUCGGUGUUUAGAACCUGGUUGUGUCAAGAGAGUGGCCGGAGAUGCUCAAGCAGUGUCGAACUGUGAUAAAUGGCUCUAUGUUUUUGUUUGCCGGGCUAUUAAUGGAGUGGACGGGCCUGGGCUGAGGGUGGAUAAUGCUUGUCAGGUAAAGUUUAAGGACUGCUAGGGAGCAGAUUUUCUGCCCGGAAAUGUGAAAGCCAAACCCAUAACUUCGAUGAGUACAUGCGGUGCAUGGACACGUUGGGUCGUGAAGAGUAGUUUCUUCCAUACCCCUGAUUUGGAGACCCUGCAGGAAAGCAUAUUAUAAAUAUGCUUUUUAUCUCCUGAACGUAGGAGAUUAUUUAGGCCUCUCAGCAAAGAAGAGAAUGGGAGUCAAUGAGCCUUUCUUAUCAAAUGAGGAAAUCCCGGCGUAGCCAGGGGUGUGGGUGAGGCACAAGGUGGAGGCCGUUUGGUGAACCCUGAGACACCUUGGUCCCGCUACACUUUCUGAUGAAGGAAACUAGUAGUAAAAGAACAUGCAAAGCAAGGCCCAACUUCUCUAUCCAGUAUUUUCAUUUGUGACCCUGGCGCCUUCUCUGAACUCUGCCCUCCGCCUCGCGGAGGAAUCUUAAAGACAGAUUCUUGAGUGUAGGAGGCAGUGGUGUUAAGCCAGUCACUCAGCUGGUUCUGUCGGCUGAUGUCUCUUCACCCGAGAGACCUGGUGCCCUCUGCCCUCCUUCCCUUGUACUUUUCCAGGUUCUUUCACUUAUGGGGUGAAUUCUACCCCAUAAGUGUAAUGAGGGCUUUUCUCAUAACAUGCCUUUUUUUUUAUUGUUUCUCAUCCUUCCCUAUAAUUUCUAGGUAAGAGAAGGAGGGAGAAAGAGAGAGACCUCCAAAUAUCCAACAUUGUUAGAGUUUGAGCUAAAAAAUAAGCAGGCAGGAAAUAUGCCAGAUCAUUUCUUGGGGCAUCUCCCAAGUUCAAGGGGCUGAUGCACCUGCCAUGCAGGGAGUCUCUGACCCCGGUGAAGCUACGCGCGAGCCCUCUACCUCACAUCUCUUGCCGCCAUGCUUUCCCCCAGGCUUUGCUCUCUCCUAUGCCUUCCUUCGCCUUUCCCAGCUGCCAUCUCUUCCCAAGGAUGGCAUUCAUGUUUGCCUUUUCUCACGUUCAGGGCGAGGAGGGACCGAGCCUGCGGCCAACACUCAGUCCCUGCCGGUGGAUCUGCGGUGCUAAUCCCGACACUUGACCUUGAGAGAGAGCGUGGCCCAGCCCAACCCAAUGUCUAUAGCAAAUGGCAAAAAGGUUUAAAUGUAGAAAGAGAGAAUUUAAGAUUACAGGCCGCCUCAUCCUGUACCCCAAACCCUGAGAUAGGACAGGACCACCUUUUGCCUUACUCCACUCGUCCGUGAGGGCCGAGGGGUGCGAGCCGCACGACAGACGCUGGGGGCUUUCUCUGCUCGGGCGCCGGGCCCCAGGCCGUCGGAGGCUUCAUCGUUUCUCCCUAGCUGAGCUUACCUUCAUAACUUCUAUCGAUGCUACCUUGUAUUUCCGUUUCUAAUCCAAAGAGACCUCUCUCCUUCAGACUUUUUGACUCCCACCAGUUCUUGCCAUUAAAUGCCGUAUUUUGCUGUGUAUAACGCACACAAAAUGUGCGUUAUACACGGGAUUAUUGUACCCAUGAUUAUGCCCAUGGCAUGUAAUCCUUACACCCACGUAUAAUGUGCAUCCUUAAUUUUCCCUUGAAAUUUUGGGCAAAAAAGUGCACAGCAAAAUACGGUAACUAGAAAAUUUCCAGUACUGUAUUGCUACCUGCUGAGGUGUGUCUUUUAUGUAAGACCAAGGAGGAAGUGCUUUGAAUGAGUGUCAGAUUCUGAUCCGGUGUUUGAUAUUGACUGAUACUGACUGAUACCUGUAAAGUCAGGGUAACUACUUUUGAACUCUACCUUUUUUUAUUUUCUGGUCCUCACUGUCCCUUUCACACAGGGUGUUCGAACCAGAGUGAGGCUCAGAAUCACGUGGGGUGCACGUUUAAAACAAGAGCCCCAAACAUCAGUCCCACAGGUGAUUCUAAUAAUGAUCAAUCUGGCCUGGCCGGCUACGGUUAUAAAUUUAAGACAGAGUUGCAUCAAGAUUCAGCUGUAGAACUGAGUUCUGGAAUUUCCAGUUUUCUGCCCUUCAGCAUUGCCCAAGCCGUAUCACUGCACAUCAUUCCCACUCUCCCGGCCCCAGAUUGUCUGUGCUUUUCAGCCCAUGGUCUUAGCACAGCUAGGGGCUCACGACCCUGUCAGGCUGGUUGUACGUCAGGACCUGACGGACAGAGGACGCUGGGACUGAAGCUCAUUUUACCGAGUGUGAGACACCGCCGCACAUGCCCGUAAAGGCCGGGGAAGGUUAUGCUCACCGGGUUGGGAUGUUACUCUAGCAGCCUUCAAGCCUGGGCAAGUAAGAAUCCUUUUACAAAGUUUUAUUUAAAAUUGUUUUGAAAUUGUAUCUAAUUUUCCGUUUUCCCAUAAUAGAUCCUAAUAGCCAACUUCUGGUAGAAAUGUCUAGAAGUGUUUAAUCAACUAUGAAUGAUAUCCCUAUAAACUAUAGUGUUAGAAGUAUGUAUUAGUCAUGAUAACACAGAAACUGAUCAUAAAAUUGAAUUUAAUGCCCCACAGUAUCAGAUCAAAUUCAUCUUCUCUGUUACUCAGGUCUUAUUUUUACUCCAACAAGUUAAAACAUAAGGAACACUUUGCCUAAGUUCUUCAAAUUUAUAGAGGCUUAUUCGGAUGAAGGCAGUGCUCCUAAAGGCAUUUUUGAUAUAAUAGUCUGUAGAACAGAGACUAAAAAUUUUUCAUUGUAAACCCCACCCCCAGUAAACAAUGCACUUACAUCAAACUCAGCAUAUGUGUAGUGGGGCAGUUCUUACCAUUAUGUGCAGUGCAUUCUGAUGUUUUCAUUGUUUCAGUUUCUACAAUACGCUUGUUGCAACCUACUCAAGUGACUUCAUAAUCUGUCAGUAGGUUGAGACCCCUAGUGUGGGGGGAAGGAAACCCCUCCACUCUUACAGGGGAACUGAUAGUCAUUGCCUAUCUUCUGUUUGCCAGGCCCUUCGCUAGGCAUUUACUGGUAGGGAAACUGGGUCUCAGAGAAGUUAAAUAAUUUGCAGAGGCUUGUUCAACUGCAAAUGGGUGAAGCUAGGAUGUUAAACCAGGUCUGUUGAACUACAAAAACUAUUCAUCUCUUGCUAUGCCACUUCUGUAUGUAAAAUUGAAGUGGGCCCUUUAUUCUGCUCCACCUAAACACCCAUAUAUUCUGUCAGCCAGGAUUACUUUGAAGUUACAUGUGCCAUUCAUUCGUACUUAAAAAAUUUUUGUUCCUAAAGCAGCCUCGAAGUGUUUAACAUUGGCCAACGCAGAAGUAUGUGGUGCUGAGUUUGGUCCUUAGACUAUAAAAUUAAAAGUGUUUCCAGUCCACACACACAUCCUACAGAUUUCCUUAUGUGCAUGGGCUAUAGCCAUCACUUAAGCAAUGAUUUUCAUAUCUAAUUAAAAAAUUAAAUGUAUUAAGACAAAUCCACCAUAACUUACAGAAUCAAAUGAUCAUUAUGCUUUAAAAUGGUGCUCUUAGGAAGCCGUGCUCUUAGGAAGCCGUGCUCUCGCCAUGGCGAUGCUAGUGAUAGAACUCUGAAAGUUUUCUUUUAGAAUUGCCUCCAAAGAUGUGCAAAUCACUUUUAAAAAGGCUAUCUUGGUGUUUCCUGGUCCCAGACUAUGCUCCCUGGUCCUUAUGACCUCUCCUCUCUCCCUUCCUCAGUUUUGCUCCUAUUCUGCUGGCUUGGCUCUCCUACCCACCUCUGCUGUGGCCCCUGCCCUGAGGGGGUGCCCAGAGCAGGGCUGUGCUGGCCCGAGUUGCUGGAGCAAGAGCUGGUAGACUGCAGCGAAGCUGGGUGCUGGAUUGGGGCCACUACGAGUCCAAACCCUUCCUCUGGGCUCAGUCUGCCCGCCCGUAAGCGCCAUGAGUGGUUUGCACAUGAGUCAGACCUGAGUACUGGUCAUACCAAUCACGAGAGGUUGAGGAAACCUGAGAAACGUACGUAUAACGUGCAGCAUUUUUCUCCCGGGGAGGUACAGAAACCAAACCACGGCAUACUUUUUAAAACAGAAAGGUCUUUUCCCUUGGCCCUCGUUGCUGCCAUGUGCAAUCUUUGAGAGGAAGGAUGCACAGAAGCCCCGGGGGAAGGUCCUCCUGUGAAAUGGAGCAUUUUCUUGUCUGUAAUAAAGUGCAGUGUGACUGUGGCUCUCGGGUGCUUACGAAGGUCAGACAACGUCCGUGAGUCGUCGAGGCCUGCCCAGAGGUGGGGGCUUUCCUGCGGCCUACCCCGGUGUAAACAGCUCAGGCUCUGUCUGUGCUUUUAUUAAAACUUUGGUUUCUAACAGGUGGUUCUCACUGCCUAUAUUCAGUAAUUCGACAUCGUUUUACAGAGGAACUUCCUGGGUGCAACACACAAUCAGUGGUAAACGACCCCUGUGUCGCCCUCGUACAUCUCUGCCCUCGGAGGAGUGAUGUCCGCCGCCGCGUGUGCUCAUAAAGGCCUGGGAGGCGAGAAGUGCGUCAGCGCGAUAGUAACAAAAAUAAAUGGGAAAAAAAGGCGUAAAAAAUGUCAAAGGCAGAUGAUUUGCCCAAGAUCAAAGCCGGUUAGCACACAAGCUAGAAUUAGAACCCUAGUCUAAGAAAAAAACGUCCUCAGAGUGAGCUGACGGAGUUGUGGCGCCCUGCCCAUCAGGCUGCCUGCGGGGGCAAGUGCUUCGGACCAGCGUCCACGUCCUCCAUCAGCCAGUGGCUACUGCAGAGAGACGAGUGGGUGGGGGACCCUGAGAUCAGAGUUCCGUGUUCGGCUUUGUCUCCCAUAGUAAGCUUCUUCUCAGGGGUGGCUGCCUUCUCCCAUUCUGGGCAGGGGUUCCCCAGCCACACAUUUUAGAGGGCACCCACCUCUCGCUGGGUCCUGUCAAUCCCUCUCUGAAUGCUGGUUGCUGUCAAUCAUCCUAGGAAAGGACUCUUGGCCUCGGGCCCCUCCCUCAUCUUCCCCGGCUUUAAGCCAUUCCUCACAUCACUGCCACAACAAGAAUGAGAACCAGGUCUGGCUCUCACUUUGCUCCUGAAAUCUUUUCCGUGGCGUCCACUGAAUACCCAACAAAGUUCAAGUUCCUUAGGCUGGCAUUCGCAGCCUUCCAAAUCCUGGCCCCAGGUUUAUCUCUGCAGACUCACUGCUCCGCAUCUGGUGAUGCCACUGAAAAGCAGACAUUCCAUGAGAAUGAUUUGAAGGUGGUGAAAGUAGGAUUCUCUGUGGUAAAGGUACAGACUGGUAACAUGCUACGUUUACAUUCUUCCAGACUAAAGUAUCUUUUGUAAUAGGACAUUUUACAAAAGAAAGCCAGCUGAGAUUUCUUUAAGCUCUUGAACAAGCCUAAAAGUUGUUUCCUAAGGAAGAGAAACCUUGUGUCCCCCCCAAAAGAAAUUGCAUCCAGUCCCUGAACUUCCGGAACAACGUCAGUCUUGCCGUCUGUGCAAGCGAAGCACGGACUCCUGCAGCAGCAGAGCUGCCCCGGCCUCGAACUGGCGCUUGUCCAGCCCCUGCGAGAAGCCGGACUAAUACGUAUUUGACAGAAACAGUCAAGGGUACAUGUUAUUCAUACAUUUCUCAAGUACUUGAGAUUUUCUGUAUUAAAGCUAAUCACAGAAAAGAUGUUUACCUGGGUUCCAUUAAUUAAACCUCUAAAGAUAUUUUCCAUUUUAUUGUUAAACCCUUGGUGUUAGCGAGGGUCACCACAAGAAAAGGCUCAACGGUGAGAACUCCUAUAAAUUCUGUAAAGCUUACUGAAUGCGUUUACUUUGCUGUCGAGCGGUGCUUGUAAGGAAACAUGCAAUAAAUGCACUCAUUCUACAACA